AUGAGUGCCGUCUUAGUUCACGAGGAGAAAAACAAGCAGCUACCAAUCUAUUACGUAAGCAAGGCUCUCCUAGACGCGGAAACCUGCUAUAGCCACCUAGAAAAUCUGGCCUUAGCCUUGAUUGUCGCCGCUCGCAAGCUCCGACCCUACUUCCAGGCUCAUCCAAUCGUGGUUGUUUCCUCCUUCCCUGUAAAGUUGGUCCUCCAUAAACCAGAAGUCUACGGACGCCUAGCCAAAUGUGCCGUGGAACUAGGGGAGUACGAUGUAAUAUUUCGACCCGCCACGACUAUAAAGUCACAGGUCCUAGCAGACUUCGUUGCUGAAUUCGCCCCUGCCUUGCUCCCAGCUCUGGAGCAGGAGGUACGCCUCCGAGGCGAAAGGAUAGUGCUUACCUUGCCAACAGGGAACACAGCCUCAAGGGCAGUGAGAUGCAACUUCAAAACAACCAGCAACGAAAGCGAGUAUGAGGCCCUAAUCGCAGGCCUAACCCUCGCCCAUCAAAUGGGGGCAGAGAACAUCCAAAUCUUUGGUGACUCCCAGCUGAUAAUCAACCAGAAUUCAAAAGCCGACGCCCUAGCUAAUCUAGGGGCCUCCCUUGAAACGAAUAGCCAGAUGAGUAUCCCCUUGCUCAUGGUUCAAUUGCCAGCUACCAUGGAGGAACCCACGUCAGAGGAGGUCUCCGCCGUCAAAGAAGGCGAAACCUGGAUGACCCCCUUAAUCUGGUACCUGGAGGCCGACAUCCUCCCGAAAGACCGUGGCGAGGCCAUAAAGAUCAAAAAGCAAGCUGCGAGGUACUGUAUCGCCCAUGAGAAGUUGUACCAGAGAUCUUUCUCUGGUCCGUAUCUGAGGAGUGUCACACCCCGAGAGGCCGCUAGAAUCCUUGUAGAACUACAUGAAGGAGAUUGUGGAUCACACUCUAGCGGUCGAAGCCUGGUGCUCAGAGCCAGAGGGGCCAGUUAUUAUUGGCCCACGAUGGCCGCCGACACCGACAGACAAGCCAAGCACUGCGAUCAAUGCCAAAGGCACCCUCCAGUCUCCAAGCUUCCUCCGGAGAACCGAAAGUCAAUAGGCUCACCAUUGCCCUUCAAGAAAUGGGGCAUGGAUAUAGUAGGGAAAUUCCCUAUGGCGCCGGGGCAGAAGAAGAGCUCAGAUGGCCGCUCGGCUGAGAAACUGGUCCUACCAGAAAGACGUCGCCAGGAUGUACAACAAAAAGUAAGAACCAGAACCUUCCAGCAAGGGGACUGGGUUCUACGACGAGCAGAAAAAACAACGGAGAAACUCACCCCAGGGUGGGAAGGACACUAUAAAGUCAUCGAGGUGCGUAGAGCAGGCGCCUACAGGCUGCAAGAUAGCAAUGGUAAAAUUCAACCCAACUGCUGGAAUGCCCUGCACCUCAAAGCCUAUCAAUUUUAA